CUGGCGGGCAGCGCAUCUGCUGGACUCCUUCAUUCAAGUGACACCGGAGCUUCGAGGGAUAUUAGAGGCACCGUCCGCUCCCUUCCCUGCCUACUUCUGCCACUUGCACCAGAGCUGGCCGCACGCGUGGGUGGAAAGAUCAGGGGAUUCUCUUUCUCUCUCUCUCUCAUAUCUGAUCAGCCCUCCUGUUCUGUUUUUUCUCUCUCUAUCGUUGUUGGGUUUGGUGUUUGUUUUUUUUAAAAUACAAAGAAGAAAGAAGGGUAGGGGGCGAGGCAGUUUCCCAUCGCCGUUGUGGGGGUUAACACACCAGGAUCAUGUGUGCAGAGUGGUUAGGGAAAGUCGUGACCCUGGCGUUGGUUUGUGCGACCUUCGAUCCGGCGGUGAGCACGGAAGCCACCAACCCUCCGGAAGAUGCCCAAGACAGAGCCCCUCAGCAGAAAGGGCGGCUGUCUUUGCAAAAUACAGCUGAAAUCCAGCACUGCCUGGUCAGUGCUGGUGAUGUGGGCUGCAGUGUGUUUGAAUGCUUUGAAAACAACUCCUGCGAGAUUCGAGGUUUACACGAGAUCUGCAUGACAUUCCUCCACAAUGCUGGAAAGUUUGAUGCCCAGGGAAAAUCUUUUAUUAAAGAUGCUCUGAGAUGCAAGGCUCAUGCUUUGCGCCACAGGUUCAGCUGCAUCAGUCGCAAGUGCCCCGCCAUCAAAGAGAUGGUGUUCCAGCUGCAGCGUGAAUGCUACCAGAAGCAUGACCUCUGCUCUGCGGCCAAGGAGAAUGUUCAGGUCAUUGUGGAGAUGAUUCACUUCAAAGACCUGCUGCAGCAUGAACCAUACGUCGACUUAGUGAACAUCUUGCUGACUUGCGGAGAGGAAGUCAAAGAGGCCAUCACACGGAGUGUCCAGGCCCAGUGUGAACAGAACUGGGGGAGUCUGUGCUCCAUUCUGAGUUUCUGCACUUCAGUCCCACAUGGUGAUUCUACUCUGGAACCAGAAAAAAAGCAAAAUGAAGUCUCUGGCGGGUCCUCUGCUAGUCAAGGGGACAUUGUUGUUCACCCUGCAUCUGACACCAGAGAGAGAUCCCGAAACACCAGAGGGGAAAGAGGUAGUAGGCUUCCGAUAAAUGCCCAUACUCGUAUUAAAGCUGCCGGCCAAAAUCCCAGAGCUAUUCACGGGAUCAUUGAGCAGACAGAAGAACUGUCUGACUUCUCUGACAUCCGAAGGUGAAAGGAGGAGACAGCCCUUCCUUCCCCCUCCUCCAGAAACUUCCUCCAUUGAGUUCAUCUUCUUAUCUAGGGGCAUUCCAGAAUAUUUACGAUAUAGAGGGGUGGUGUCAGGCAUAGGGCAUUGCGGGAAAUGUGGCAGUGACAAUGUAGGUCUUAUAGGUAACAGAGGAAAAGCAAUGGCUAUUUGUUACUGAUUGUAUCCCACAAAUUCAAUGUGUAGGUGCAACAAAAUACCUUCAUUUAGAUCUUUCCGUCUCUAAAAAGAGGAAAAAAUGGAGAUUAAAUGCAGGUUUGGAUUUUUGUUGUUGUUUUUAUCAGGGAUAGAUGUCUAAAUUUUUGUUCCUCCACUAGAGGCUCAAUAUUUUGACUAGGUUCAGUAUUUAAUCUCUGGGUAGAAAGUUAUCUGGGUUCCACUCCCUUAAGAAGUAGUAAAUGCUGCAAAUGGACUUGCUUAUUUGUUUCUGAGGAAACUAAUGUAGAAAGUAUUGAAAUGGAUAGGGAGAACCUUGUAGUCACAAACGAAACAGUUUCUCUGAGCUGUUGUUCUUGCUAGGUAACACCAUCUGCCUUAAGUGUCCCUUGUACUGAUUUCUGUGGCCUACAGUUGGUCCUUUUCUCUAUGCUAUUCCAAUUUCUUUAGAAAAAUCCGUUGAUUGCAGAACUGGUUUCUGGACAAGGUGCUUGGACUUUCUUUGUUGCUUCAGUAUCGUACUGGCUUCCUUUUUCAACACAUUUUCUAACUUAAACUGGUUUUCCUUAAAUGAAAUGGUAUGGGUGCCAGUUAAGACCGGUGGUACUUAAAAAAAAAAAAA